AUGAAUCUGAGCCAGUCAGAUGACCCUCGCGUCGGUUCGGGACGGGCCAACUCGACUGGCGGCACCGUCAGUCACCUUACUUCCUCCGGGACCGACUCGGCUUCAUUGUCGUCCCUUGGGAGCACAUUUGUUCCGGUCCUGGUCUACUCUCUAGUCUGCUUCCUCAUCUUCUUCUGCCUCCGACCGCGAUGUCCGAGGGUCUACGCCCCGAGGACCCUCCCGGGGAUUCUCUUGCCUGAGGAAUUGAGCCCAAAACUUCCAUCUGGUUGGCUCAACUGGCUCAAGCCCUUCUUCCAGAUCUCCGACACCUUCCUUCUGCACCAUUGUUCACUCGAUGGCUUCUUUUUCCUUCGCUAUAUCAAGGUCCUCGCAACCAUCUGUCUCGUGGGUUGCUGCUUGACGUGGCCCAUUUUGCUGCCCAUACACGCAACUGGCGGCAACGAUCUCACCGAGCUGGAUCUCCUGACAAUCGGCAACGUGGCGACCCGCAAUCGCAGUCGACUGUACGGCCAUGUUCUCGUAUCAUGGGCCUUCUUCGGGUUCGUCCUCUACAUGAUCUCUCGAGAAUGCAUCUACUACGUCAAUCUCCGGCAAGCCUACCUGGUCUCGCCGAAACAGUCCCAGCGCUUGUCCGCGAGGACGGUCAUGUUCACCUGCGUCCCCCGGAACCUUCUUGACCAAGCCAAGAUCCGAAAGCUGUUCGGAGAUGCCGUCAGAAACGUGUGGAUCCCGAGGAACACCAAAGGCCUGAUGAAGCUGGUCGAGGAGAGGGACCAGACCGCGCUCCGACUGGAGAAGGCCGAGAUUGCACUAAUAAAGGCCGCCAAUGCCGCCCGUACCAAGCAAAUGGGCUACGUCGAGGAAGCAGUCGCAGGUGUGGGAACUGCCGCAUCUUUCGGGAAGGGCAAGUCGAGCGAUGAAGUCCAGAUCUCUGAGAAGUCCUCCCUCUCACCCCAGCCGAGUCUCGGAUCGUCGAAUGGACAGAAGGAGGACGACGAGGACGCAGACUAUGUCCACCCGUACGGUCUCGGCCCUUCACUUCCGGACGUGAGGGGCUCCGUGGCAGCUCAAUGGAUCCCUGCCGAGGCUCGACCCCACCAUCGGCCCCUUGCCAACUUCGGCCGCCGGGUCGACACCAUCAGGUGGACGAGACUGAGGCUCAAGUCGCUCAACGCCCAGAUAGGCAAGCUCCGCCGACAGCUCCGGACCGGCCAAGGCAAGCCGAUUAAUGCCCUGUUUGUCGAGUUCGACUCCCAGGCCAACGCGGAGACCGCGUUUCAAAUAGUCGCCCACCAUCGGCCACUGCACAUGGCGCCGGCCUUCAUCGGCAUCCGCCCGAACGACGUGGUGUGGUCGACGCUGCGCAUGGAGUGGUGGGAGCGAAUCGUUCGCCGUUUCCUGUUCAUGGCUACCAUUGCGGUUGCCGUCAUCUUCUGGUCUAUUCCCUCGGCCUUGGUGGCCAUGAUAUCGAAGCUCAGCUUCCUCACCAGCAGCGUUCCAUUUCUAAAAUGGAUCGACAAACUCCCCCCGGCAAUCAUUGGCGUCAUCGAGGGUCUGCUUCCCGCCCUCGCAUUGUCGCUCCUGAUGGCAGCUGUCCCCGGGAUGCUACGAGUUUGCGCGAGAGCUGCCGGCGUUCCUUCGGUGCCGCUGGUCGAACUGUACACGCAAAACGCGUACUUUGUCUUCCAGGUCGUGCAGGUAUUCCUCAUCACGACUCUCACAGCGGCAGCGUCGUCCGCCUUAACCGAAAUCCUCGAGAAUCCCAUCAAGGCGAAAGAUCUGCUGUCGCAGAACUUACCAAAGGCGUCGAAUUUCUACCUCUCGUACAUUCUCGUCCAGUGCCUUGCCGGUGGUGCUGGCGAACUCGUGCACCUCGUCGAACUGAUCCAGCACCAGAUUCUGGCCAAGGGUGUCGAGAAUCCAAGGUGGCUCUUCAAGGCUCGUCAGAAGCUGAAGCAGAAGCACUGGGGAAGUAUCUAUCCCGUAUUCACCAACAUGGGCGUCAUAGCAAUCUGUUACUCGUGUAUCGCGCCUGUUAUCCUGGCCUUCGCAGGUCUCGGUAUGUGCGUCAUCUACGUCGUCUAUAGGUACAACCUCAUCUACUCGUUCGAGUCGGACAUCGACACAAAGGGACUGCUAUACCCGCGUGCCCUGUUGCAUCUUAUCGUCGGCCUGUACCUCGCCGAGAUAUGUUUGAUCGGCCUCUUCGCGCUCCAGUCCGCGUACGUGCAGCUCGUCAUGAUGGUUCUGUUCCUGAUCUUCACCUUCCUCGUCCACAUCUCGAUCAUUGAUGCCGUCAGCCCUCUCCUCUUAAACCUCCCCCGGACGUUGGCUCUCCAUGACAAGGAGCUGAGUGACGAAAUGGAGGACGCCGUCGUUGAGGGAGAUCUCGGCUUGCCCGCUGCCCGUUCGGUACCCGGCACAGGUGCUGCAAGCGAGUAUUACAGCCUCGAAGAGGGGAUCGAGGAAGUCGAGGAAGUCAAUACCUUCCACGGAGAAGCAAACGACAGAGCGGUCGAGGGCGCGAGCGGGUUGAUGUCGUCGGUCAAAGACUGGGUGAUAGACAAGACAAAAACCAGGGUGGAGCUGGAGGCCGAAGCCGGAGGCCUCACUCGAUUCCUCUGCACGCUCAACCGGUGGUUCACGCCGGACAAGGACAAGAAGCCCAACUUCCUGGUCAAAUGGUUGCACCCGGAGAUCUUCGAGGACUUCCACGUCCUCCACCAGAUGUUCCCUUCGGACGUGGCCCCGACCGAGUAUCCGGACGAGUUCAUGCGGCGCGGCUACUGGCCUCCCGAGAUGUGGCUGCCGAGCCCCAAGCUCUGGAUUCCGCGAGACGCCGCCCACGUCAGCCGCCAGGAGGUUGCGCACACGAGGGAGGUCAACCCCAUCACCGACCGCGGCGCCUGGCUCGACGCCAAGGGGAAGGUCGUCGCCGACAUUGACGACGCACCUAUCAAGGAACUACGGGUACUUUUCUAG